AUGUGGUGGUUGAUUACGACAUCUCUACUUUUUGCUUUUGUCAAAUGUGAUGAUCCAAAAGUUGAUGUUGUUAUUUCUUCUGGAAAUGUGAGCGCAACUAUUCGAGGAUAUCAGCAUCCUUAUGGCACAUCAUUCCGGGGUAUUCCAUAUGCUGCAGCUCCAGUUGGAUUAUUGAGAUUCCGCGAAGCACAACGCAAAGAUCCAACUGGAUUUGUUUCAGCUCUUGGUUAUGGAAAUAUUUGUGUUCAGCCUAGUGGAACAGGUUCAGAAGAUUGUCUUUUCAUCAACGUAUUCUCACCAAAUGUUUGUAUUCUCACAUCAAUAUUUUUAAUAUUUUUAAAUUUGCAAAAAAAUAUUUCCAGAACGCUAGCGUAGUUUCAAAACUUCCAGUCUAUGUUUAUAUUCAUGGAGGUGGUUUCAUCGAAGGAUCCGGUAACAUGGGUGCUGGAAUUUAUCCAAACCUAGUUAACAAGGGAAACAUCAUCUUGGUAACUAUCAACUAUCGUCUCGGACCAUUUGGAUUUUUCUCAACACGGGAAACCAUGGCACCAGGAAAUUGGGCGAUCUCUGAUUGGAUUGAGGGAUUGAACUGGGUUCAAAGAUACAUCACAUUUUUUGGUGGAGAUCCCAGUCGUGUUACAAUUGGUGGACAAAGUUCGGGAGCUGAAGCUGUCUCCAUCCUCACAUUAACAUCUUUAGCAAAGGGACUGUAUAAACAAGCUAUCAUGGAAUCGGGAAGUGCUUUUGGAGCCGCAAUUAUGUCAUAUUCUCAAAAAACUAGAGAUACUAGUAAGCAACUUUCCAUUAAAGCUAAUUGUGCGACAAGUGAUCGUUGGGAAAGUGGAACUGAUUUUGGAGUACGUUCUUUUGAAAAAAAUCAUUUUUUUUUUUACAAAAAAAUAAUAAAUUUUUCCAGAUAAUUCUCAAUUGCCUCCGCGGUUUAACUCUCAAUCAAAUUAACACUAUUGAUCGUUCUUUGCCAAAUCAUCGAAUGAAAUGGGCAAUUGUUCAAGAUAAGAAAUAUUUGACAGAACGACUUGAAUAUUUGGCGUUGAAGAGAGACACCAGUAUUAAUGUUUUGUUGGGUGAUGUUAAUCAGGAAGAUCUUGGUGGUGAAUUGCAUAAUAUUGAACAUAAUUUGAAUAGUACUCAUAACACUGGAACACAAUUGAAGACUGAUUUGGGAAAUUCAUAUGAAAUGACUUAUUGGGAUAAUUCUAGUUAGUUUUUUGAUUUGACAAUAAAAAUAAAUUUCGGAAAAUUCAGACGCGGUAAAAGUUGCGGCUUAUAAUAAAUAUAUCACGAAUCAAAAUUGGGCUGACAAUGAUCAUGCAAACUGGGAAGCUAGAAGAAUUCAACUUUGGUCUGAAAUGAUUUUCAUCGGACCGGUUCUUCGUGAUGGUGGAUAUUUCCAAUACCGUGGAAAUAAUGUGUAUCUUUAUUCUCUCGAUUGGCUCAGUCCAAAUGGUAAAAUAAUCUAAAACAUACCAUUUACAAAAUAAUGAAUAAUUUCAGCACUUCCGCAAAUCACUAAUCCAUUAUUCAGAGGUUGUAUGCACACUUGGGAGCUUCAAUAUAUUUUCAGCACAAAUUGUAAUGGUUUCAAUUGUACUGCUCAAGAUGAACUUCUCCGUAAUUAUUUCACUACAACUUGGUUGAAUUUUAUCAAAUUUGGAAAUCCUACUCCAGCUGGAAGUAGCUUGCCAUUCACUUGGCUGACAAUGGGAAAACAAAACCGAUAUCUGAAGUUCCAACCGAAUCCAACAAUGUAUAAUGAUUAUCAUCCGGAUUCAAACUUUUGGGCUUGCACUGCCCCAACUAUUGAUGGAUACAAACCACCUUUCUGUUAA